CUUCGCCCAAGUUCCGUGGUCGCCCGCCGACUCCGAUCGGCGCUGACGUGAUGUGUUGUGACGUUGCUACGCUCGUGUUUUUAAUGUGAAAUCACCAGUGUUAUUUGUUUAUACUCCACAUAACAACCCUAAGAUUGACUAGCAUUCGGCAGGAUUUCAUAUAUUGACAGUGUAGUGUUCUCGGACGAGUGAAAUUGUGUGCCAACAACGAAUACUGUUGUUAAACGGGUCGGUUUCGUUUAUGUGCUGAAUGGUGAUUAAAAGUAAUUUACUUUUACUGUGUUGAGGGCCGGUGCGUAUCGAUCGUAUUUUGGAAAACAGAGCUGUGGAUUUUUGAGGAGACAAGCUGGUGCAGGCAGUAGGUGUGGAGCAACGCAGUGCGGAGCCAGGAACACCGGAAUGCAAAUGUGUCUUAGUGAUGGUGGUACCAACGGAGUUGUGUUAGUGUAACUAUAGUGCCCAUACAGUGCUGGAUGGAUUGUGUGUUUUUUGGAUUGCCCCCGCGAGUCCUCGAUAGAUCUUACUGGGAACGGGCUACAAUGGUGUGUGCGUGUGAGGGUGAGCGGGGGGAGGGCGCGGGCAGCCGGCGCGCAUGGCGGCGCCAAUGAGGGAGGGCGCGCCGGCCGGCGGAGCUCGGGCGCCCCACGCGCAUCCCGCCAACUUCGAGUACGAUGACAACGAGUGGGACAUCGGCAUCGGCGACCUCAUCAUAGACCUCGAUGCCGACAUAGAGAAGACCGACGAGGCGGGCGGCAUGGCGGCGCGCGCCGAACCGGACGCGCAGCGCACCGCGCUCAAGAUGAAGAUCAAGCGCACCAAGCCCGGCACCAAGAGCUCCGAGGCAAAGCACGAGAUCGUCAAGUCCAACGAAAUGAACGGCGAGCCCAAGCCAGCGCCGCCCGCGCCCGCGUCGCAGCCCGCUGCCGCCAAACGCGGUUCGGGCGGCCAUCGGCGCGAUAAGGCUCGCGAUAAACAUCACCAUCCUCAUCCGCCUCACGACGUCAACGGCGUGGCGAGAGUACCGCCACCGCCUAAUGCCCCCGGGCCGCCCGCCUCCGCGCCGCCGCCCGCUCAACUUACCCCCGCGUUACCUCCUACGCCGCCGACCACGCAGGCCAAGCCUGAACCUCGGCCGGCGCCCGCGCCGCGGUUGGACGCCAAGCCAACCGCGCCCGCGCCCGCGCCCGCGCCACCGCCCGCGCCCGCGCCUCACCCGCCUCACGCGCCGCCACCGCCCGCGAAACCAGAACCUGACGAUUCGCGGCAAGAUACCAAUAGUUCGCAGCCCCCAGCGAAAAAGCAAAAAAUGGAACCAAAGGAGACAGCAGAAGUAUGUGUUGGAACAUCAGUUGGGACGAUCACAGAACCAGACUGUCUGGGGCCCUGCGAGCCUGGUACAUCGGUCACGCUGGAGGGCAUCGUGUGGCACGAGACGGAAGGUGGUGUCUUAGUUGUGAACGUGACGUGGCGAGGGAAGACCUACGUUGGAACGUUGCUGGACUGCACGCGACACGACUGGGCGCCGCCACGAUUCUGUGAUUCACCUACAGAAGAGCUAGACGCAAGAACGCCGAAAGGGCGCGCGAAACGAGGGCGGGGCGCAGCCCCCACCGAUAUGACAAACUUCACAGAAACGCGCUCCUCCGUGCACAGCAAGUUAAGAAACGGCGGGGCAAAAGGGCGUAGAGCGUUGCCGUCGCCGACGCCCUUCACUCCUCCCAGACCUGACUCCAAAAGGAAGCGGACUUCCGAAGCUGAAGAGCGGCCGCCAACGCCAAAAGCGAAGCGGCCUCCGCCCGCUCCCUCCUCGCCGCCCCCUGACCCUGUCCUCCUCGAGUGUCCAGAGCCCAACUGCUCCAAGAAGUACAAGCACGCGAACGGACUCAAGUACCACCGGUCGCACGCGCACGGCACGCCCGACGACGAGGACAAGGACGGGUCUAGCUCGGAGCAGGAGGAGCCCACGACCGAACCUGCGUCUCCCGCGCGGCCUCCGUCCGAGCCCGCAACGCCGGCCACGCCUGUGAAGUCUCCCACCCCGGCCAAAUCACCAGAAGCUAAAAUAGAUAAAACACCGGAGAAAUCCCCAGAAAAACCGGAAACGAGCGUGGAGUCGCCGCAGCAGCCGCGGUUCCCGGAGGAGUUCGCGGGCACACCGGAGCCGGCGCCGGCGCCGGAGCGACCGGUCACACCCCCGGCACCUUCCACGCCGCCACCUGACAGUCUGCCUGCACUACAGCCUACACAGUUCAAGGUGAAGCCGCGUUCAGCGUUGAUGCCGGCGGAGGAGCGCAAGUCGACGGAGUCGCCGCCGGGCGGGUCCCCGGGCAAGCGGCGGGCGCGGCGCUCCCCGACGCCGGGCGCCCGCUCGCCCGCGUACUCCGACAUCUCGGACGACGCGCCGCCCGUCGACACUGAGCCCGACCCCGCGCACAGGCCCUUCCCUGUCUACCAUCAGUAUUAUGGUCAGCCUCCGUACCUACCUCCGACACAUCCUCAAACGGCGCCACCUCCUUCAGGAGACAAGGGCAAAGAGGACCUCAGUAAAGGAGACCCGAAGAUUGAUCUCAAGGAGGGCAAACCAGAAACUGGACCUCCAAAGGUGCUUCCUCAGCACUUCUACCCCUACAAUUACGUCCCAAAUUUCCCCUACAACGUGGAGGGGGGGCCUCCCCCUGGAGCGGCAUUAGACGACAAGUCCAAGGAGCCCGACAGAUCCAAGACCACGCCCAGUCCUUUGGAGAAGAACAAGCAGUCGCGAGGACCGGACGGGAAGGAGAACCCCAACCGGCCGAAUGACAACCAUCAGAUCUUGAAGGAGAGCAUUGAGAUGAAGGCGCAGAUGGGCCCGUAUGCCUUCCAGAGGCCGCCUCAUGCGAGAGAGGAAGAGUUGAGAAGAUACUACAUGACGCUGGAGCAGCGCCGCAAGGAAGGCGGCCCGUCCCCGAAGCCGGCGGGCGCCCCCCCCGCGCCGGGCACCGCGCCCCCGCGCGCCCCGCACCCGCCCCACCCCUCACACCCGCACAAGCCCCCCAGCAAGGAUAAGGACGACAAGCCCAAGGAGGAGGUCAAGGUGAAGCAAGAAGGGCAGAAGCCGACGACGGAGACGCAGGGCCCGCCGCCGCCGCCGACGUCGCAGUACUACCUGCCGCCGUACAUGCAGCCGCCGCACUACGGGGCGCUGCCCUUCGACCCCGUGUACCGCGCGCCGCUCAGCCCCAUGCUCGUCGGCGGCUUCCCGCCGGGGUGGACAGUGCCCAGAUACCACGCGCCGGAGGACCUGUCGCGCGCGGGCGGCGGCGGCAAGCUGGAGCUGCUGCCGGCGCACGCGGCGCCGUACUACCCGCCCGGACACGCGCCGCACAAGAUCCACGAGCUGCAGGAGCACGCCAAGUCGCCGCAGGGCAAGCCGCCGCGGCCGGAGCCGCCGAAGGAUGGGUCGCGGUCGCCGCCGCCGCAGCGCCACGUGCACACGCACCACCACACGCAUGUCGGCCUCGGCUAUCCGCUCUACCCGCCGCCCUACCCCGGGGCCCGAUAGCACUCGGCAGAGAAGCGGCCCAGUCCCGCGCAGCCGGUCUAGCGUGCUCUAGAGAGAUGUCAUUCUAACACAGACUGGAAAUAUAUGGAGUUAUAUGUUGCAGCGGCGGCGGUUCUCGCAAGCACACAGGCCGUCGUCAACUCCUUCCCCACGCCGCCUAAAUGAGAGAAACUACAUCACUGACGGAGCAAACCUUGACUUAUCCGCGUCUCACAGACGCGAGAAGCGAAUGGCGCUUUGACCGCCCCAAAAUUUGCUUCAAACCAGAAUUGGACACCUGGCAGUGACAGUGAACUGUGAGAUAGACUAGUGAAAAUAAAACUUUAGUAGAUGAACUUAUCUAUGCCUGUAGCCAUAAUUUAAACACUGUGAUCUCGCGUAACCCACGAUGUGUAUGUGAUGUGCGCUUUGAAUGUUAGCAUGUGUACGGACCGAUAGUUACCUGAGUUCUAUAUAGUGAACGAGUGUUGUGUUAAAAACUCACCGAGUGAAGGAAAUUGUGUUGCGAAGACGUGGACUUGGCGUGAUGUCAGCCUUUAACUAAUUUGUUUUAUAUGUUUACUAGCGAAAGCACAAACUAGCUCUGUACAUAUUAGUGUUACAUGUAAAUUACAUUAUGUCAUUUAGUGGUCCGUAAGUUUUAAUGUAAUAUAAACAUCGAAUUCACUGAUUUUCCAACAGGGCAUUGUACUGAAGUUUGAAGGCCCUUUUAAAUUUGAUAUUGCGCGGUUCAGCCUAGUAAGAUCUUUAUUUAUGAAUACUGCAUUCCACAAAGAAAGCGAGCGUACCUAGUUAUAACUUAAGAUAAGUAAUAUUUAAGUAAUUGAUAGUGUAAUUUUAAAGGCGUUAAUGUGAUCAUAGCGUGCACAAUCAGUCUCGAUUAUAGUGAUUAAUCGAAUGACUUAUGGCCAUUCACUAUAAAUGGUUCGUCGAUAGACACCGUCAUUGAUUAUAUUAUACCGAUAGUUAAAAUUUGAUAAAAGUUGUGUCAACUGUUUCGAAUAUUAACAUAUCAGUAACAUUCUGUCGACGGAUGAUUUUCAUGAGAAAAUGGCCACUAUUAUAAAGUAGAAAGCAUUCUAUAGGGUCGUGGUGUGUUUGACUACGCUGUACGCACGUGUAUGUUUGUCUGGCUUUUAAUAUAAUUAUAAAAAUCUCAUAGUCCGAUAUAUUCUCACACAAGGGAUUAACUUUCUGUAAUUUCUGUAUGUACGGCUGUAAGGCCUUUUGUAUGGUCUGUUUGAUUCAGUUGUAUUUGUAUCGAAAUGCAUUUAAUAUUUUGGCGGGCCAUCCUUACACUGAUUGAACAUGCCAUACACAUAGUGUGCUAUUUACAUUGUGGUAAUAAUAAUUUUAAUAUCUUCCCAUGACAGAUACAUUUAGGAUGGACCCUGACACUGCACAGUUUAAGUCUAAAUAUUCAAUACAACAGUCUUCCAAAAGUUUUUUUGCGUGAUUUGCAAUCACUAUAAAAUUUAGUUAACCUACUUUUCCUAUAAUCGUGGCGGAAUGAAAACUAUGCUUAAUCUUUAAGCUGUAAUGAUAUAAGAUCGAGUAAAUUGAAUAUAUCGAAAUAGAGAGGUGUUGGAAUGCAUUUCAAUUUAGUAGAACAUUUAUAACACCUUACAUUAGUGAUUCGAUUAUCUAAUUACCUAUAGUGAUAUGGUAUUUUUUUCAUGACAUUAGUCAAUGUACGCAUGUACCUGUUUCAUAUUUCAUAAUUAAUGAAAACAUUUGUAUAAACGCAGGGCCUAAACCUGAGGAUUUCAAAGUGAAAUUUUGUGUAACCAGUGACUGAAUUUGUAUGAUUUUUUAAUUAUGCCGAUUGGGAAUAUACUUAUUUAUUCGGAGUUUGUAAUCAGUUUGAACAUGUGAGGAUUUUUUGAGCAACAUCAUAAUGAGUCAUGUAAGUGUAAAAUGCUAACAACGCGCGUUUAGAUAUUAAUGUGUAGAUGUAACCUCUAAGAAUGGACUUAUGUGUACUUGUGAGUACCAAGUGACAGUAUGCUACGUUUUCAUUGGCCAGUAUGUCAUGGACUUAUAGAACAUGUUAGAAUUAUAAUUGUUGCUGCAUGGUUAAAGCACUACCUACUCUAUAAGGUACUCUAUUAGUGCGUAUUCCCUAGUUAAAUUAAAUAGCCAAUCGAAUGCAUAAUGUUGGAUAUAAUGACUUCAGGUAGCAGUCUGCGAUUGGUGGCGCGCGUAAACUUUCUUGACCGGGUGGCGAUAUUUGCUACAUCGUGCCUUGUUAUUUGUCACCUAAAAUACUCCGUUAUGUAAUGUAACAUGAUAACAAAGCUUUAUAUGGAAAUUUCGUUACGCAUCUGUUUUGCAUAGGUUAUAUUCGUUUAGGUGAAUUCAAAGGCAAAUAAAACUAUAGACAAGGGCUGAGCCACAUGGACUUAUCAUUUCAGGAAUGAAUUGCCCGGUAGGUCGCGGUAGGCUACCCUUGUAAGAGCUGGCGCAUGAUGGGAGAAUAAGAUUAUUACGUUUUGUUUCUUUUCUCCUCAUGUAUUUCUAAUACGCGUAUGAAUGAAAUGGAUGAUAUCACCAUGCCUACAGUUUUAUCUGUCUAUGUUAAUAGUAGAUACAGUCAGUUUACAUAAGCCUACAGCUGACACAAUGCUUGUCAAUGAAAAAAUAGCUCUGUCUUGUGUUGUCAUAUUAUGAACUUGGUUAGUUAAUAUAAAAAGCUACAACUAUUUGCGACCGAGUGCUAAGUUAAGCUAAGCUCAAACAUUAUAACACUUAGCUUGCCUUAGAUGCUGGUAUGGAACAUGCUUUAAAUUUAGUCGAUGGCUGACUCUCCGAUUGUUAUAAUUAAAGUAAGGUUUAUUCAGAUUCAUGGGGUAAUUUGAUUGAAAGAAAACAUAAGUUUCUCCUAUGAUUAUGUAACUAUAAAGUGUUCUGUGUCUUCAACUUUUUAUAGACUAGUUGUUAUUUUUAUAACUAUUUUGUUUCACUGGUUUACAUGUAAUCUGAAUAAAUCUUUUAUUGUAUGUACAUUUAAUACUGUUAUGCGAACAGCAUCCCUAACCCAAUCGUAACAGAUCAUUAGCGUGUUUGUAUCAGGAUAGAUAGCUAACAUGAUCUCAUUCGCUCCUUGUCAAUGAAUGCAUAGACUGAUUGUUCUUUACCUUCCGAACUACGCAAAGCCGUAAUAGCGUGACCCAUAAAGUGGAAACACUCUUUUUUAUCAUGUUUAUGGUAUUACAUUGUUUUGUAGUUUUCGUAUCGCCGGGUGUUGAAACACCCAGUAUAUUUUAUGUAAUUUACUUUUGAGUACUUGGAUUUUUUUUUAUGUCUUUGUCGCUGUUACGGACGUGUGUAUCGUUCAUUCGGCGAUGAAACGCUAAACAUUACGCUUCAUUAAUUUUAAAUGUACCCAGUGCCUGUGGCGACGUGGUAUGAACAUGUUCAUUGUAUUUAUAAUGCAUCUGUAUGUUAUAAUGAACCUUUGUGUAUUUUUUUGAUGUAACUAAAGCCAAGAUUGAUUUUUCUUAGAAGAGAAUUCGAGACGUUUAAAAAAGAAAUAAUAAAGAUAAAUUAUUUCUUAAAA